CUCUCUCUUUUUUAAGAAAAACCGCCGCUGUCCGCCAUCGCUGCUGCUGGCACUUUCUCAGAAGUGCCCCGAGGUGUCCCUGUCGCGACAAGAAGAAUCAACCAUGUCAUCUGUAACUGAAAAAGAUGGUUCACUGUCUGCUGAACAAACAGAAGAAAGGCAACCAGAAACUGAGGACAAAGUUGAAGAUAGUGAGGAAGAUGAGGAAGAGGAGGAAAAAGAAAAGAGUCUCAUUGUUGAAGGAAAAAGAGAGAAGAAAAAAGUAGAAAGAUUGACCAUGCAAGUUUCUUCAUUACAGAAAGAACCUUUUACAAUUACACCAGGAAAGGGACAAAAACUUUGUGAAAUUGAAAGAAUACAGUACUUUUUAAGCAAGAAAAAAACAGAUGAACUUCGAAAUCUUCACAAACUUCUAUACAACAGACCAGGCACAGUUGCUUCAUUAAAGAAGAAUGUGGGCCAGUUCAGUGGCUUUCCAUUUGAAAAAGGAAGUGACCAAUAUAAGAAAAAGGAAGAGAUGUUGAAAAAGUACAGAAAUGCAAUGCUGAAAAGUAUAUGUGAAGUACUUGAUUUGGAAAGAUCAGGAGUUAAUAGUGAACUGGUAGCCAGAAUCCUAAACUUCUUAAUGCAUCCAAAACCUUCAGGCAAGCCAUUGCCAAAAUCCAAGAAAACACCUAACAAAAGUGGGAAAAAGGAACGCAGUAGCUCUGGAACAGCACGGAAAGGCAAGCGCACUAAAUGUCCUGAGAUCCUGUCAGAUGAAUCCAGUAGUGAGGAAGAUGAAAAGAAAGAGAAAGAAGAAUCAUCUGAAGAAGAUAAAGAAAGUGAAGAGGAGCCACCUAAAAAGUCAUCCAAAAAAGAAAAACCCAAGCAAAAGACAGCUGUGAAAAGCAAAAAGGGCACAAAGAAUGCUUACGUCAAGAAAGCAGAUAGCAGCACAACCAAGAAGAAUCAGAACAAUUCCAAAAAAGAAAGUGAAUCAGAGGAUAGUUCGGAUGAUGAGCCUUUAAUUAAAAAGUUGAAAAAGCCACCUACAGAUGAAGAGCUGAAAGAAACAGUGAAGAAACUCCUGGCCAAUGCAAACCUAGAGGAAGUUACAAUGAAACAAAUUUGCAAAGAGGUGUAUGAAAGCUAUCCCAGUUAUGACUUGUCUGACAGAAAAGUCUUCAUCAAAAAGACUGUGAAAGAGGUAAAUACUUGAUCAGUGAAAUAUCAUUUGAUGAUCCAAAUAUUAAAAGCUCCUCUUUAAAUUUGGAAAUGUUGGGUAUCUAGGAAGAUCUCAGUUCCUGAAAUUUCACCCAAAUUUUACUCAUUUAUUGUGCUUAGUUUCAACUCAGUAAAGUUAAAGUAACUUUAAUAUAGUCCCCCUUAUCUAACAUUUCACAGUGUACCCUUAAAGGCCUGUAGUCCAUCCUUAACCGUAUUUACUUGGAAGUAAGUCCCAUCAAUUCCCCUGGAACUUCCUUCCAAGCAAGCUGUUAGAAUGGCAGCCCUAGCAAUGUAUUUGUGGGAAGCGGGAUUUACAAAGUAGGUUAAAAAUUAAAAGUACACAAACUCUUCUCUUUUUAGCUCAUUUCAUGAUCUAAUGGGAAGAAAACGAAUGCUGCAGACUUGUUCCCGUGGAUUUAAAUAUUUUACAAACACCAGCAAAACCUUUCUUUUUUAAUUUUUGUUUUGUUUUGCCCUUUUGGGUGGGCAUAACAUAGUAUUUAGUCAGGGAUGAUUCUACUGGCUUAAUAUGUUCUGAGUGUUAAUGGAAAUUACUUUAACUUUUAAAAAUUGCAUUUAAUGCAGUUCUUAGGUUUUUGCAUGGCCAUCAAUGUUCCCUGCUUUUACCUUGUACAUCAUGGAAUUUCUUUGUACAAGCAGAUUUAAUAUAGCUAUUGUAGGUUUUAGUGCAUUGUAAUGUAGAGAAUUUUUUAAACCAUCAGUUGAUACAAAAACUGUUGUAUCUGUACGUACACAUGCUAAGACUGUCAAAUACUGCAGUAUUGGGCAUUACUUUUAAUUUGAAUACAUACCAUUCUCUUAGUCAGGAAGAAGUCACAUGUCCUGAUCAUGAAUGCUCUAAAUUAUAUUAUACUAUCUUGCAUGUGUAAGAUAUCUGAGAAUUGUGAAGAGCAUAGUAACUUGCAAAUUGUUAUUUUUGUACUUUUAAAAGCGUUCUGUUUGUAUAUAUAUGCUUAAAAACAGGUUGUUGGGUUUUU